GCCCUCUGCCUUCGCCUACCCAAGUGGAUUAAUUAUACGCUUUCUGUUUCUCUCCGUGCUGUCCUCUCCCGCUGUGAGCCUACCCGCCUCUCACUGUCCUCUCUCCCUCUCUCCCUCUCUGUGGUCCCCCCCUUUCACGUUCACUCUGUCUCUCUCACUAUCUCUGCCCCCCAACUAUCCUUGAUACAACAGCUGACCUCAUUUCCCGAUACCUUUCCCCCCCCGAAAGUACAAUAUCUGGCCCGCCCCAGCCCUAAGAUACCCUAAAGAAGCAGAAGAGACGCCCCCCUCCCCACCAAAAAAGCCAUCUCCCCGUUCUGUCCCGUCGCACAUUCGGCCUCUGCGACUCGGGCAGAGCGGCGCUGGCAGAGGAGUGCCCGGCAGAAGGGCCUUCGCCCGCUGUUCGGUUUGCAUACCCGCAGCAGGGAGAUGGGCGGCAGCGUCGCCGGCUUCCAGGUACCAAUGGGGAUCCCAGUGGGGAAGUCGAUGUUGGUGCUUCUCAUCUCUUUGGCCUUCGCCUUGUGCUGCAUCGCUGCUUACGGCCCCAGCGAGACUCUGUGCGGAGGGGAGCUUGUUGACACGCUUCAGUUUGUCUGUUCGGACCGCGGCUUCUACUUCAGCAGGCCUUCAAGCCGUGCCAACCGUCGCAGCCGUGGCAUCGUGGAAGAGUGCUGCUUCCGCAGCUGCGACCUGGCCCUCCUGGAGACAUACUGUGCCACCCCCGCCAAGUCCGAGAGGGACGUGUCUACCUCUCAGGCCGUACUUCCGGACGACUUCCCCAGAUACCCCGUGGGCAAGUUCUUCCAAUAUGACACCUGGAGACAGUCCGCGGGACGCCUGCGCAGAGGCCUGCCUGCCCUCCUGCGUGCCCGCCGGGGUCGCAUGCUUGCCAAAGAGCUCGAAGCGUUCAGAGAGGCCAAACGUCAUCGUCCCCUGAUCGUGUUACCACCCAAAGACCCCGCCCACGGGGGAGCCUCUUCGGAGAUGUCCAGCAACCAUCAGUGAACCAAAUUAUGUGGUAAUUCUGCAAUGUAGUACCAUCAAUCUGUGACCUCCUCUUGAGCAGGGACAGUUCCAUCACGUCCCACACUAAGAUCUCUCUGCUCCACUCCCUCCCCAGGUUUCUCCCUACCCACCCCCAUGCCCCGCCUCCCCACAUCAGGCUGUUCCCCUUGCCCCACACCAUCGGGCAAGGGGAUCUCAGCAAUUCUAAAAAAACAAAUUUGAUUGGCUCUAAACAACCCAAUUGACACCCCCCAAAUUAUAUAUUCACAUUUAAAAAAAAAACUUUAAAAACUACAGUCCCUUUAAAACAAAUUGGCUUUUAAGAAACUCCAUAACUGAUAAUCUAAAAAUUAAAUAACUAAAGAAAUUAAUUGGCUAAAAACAUACUAAAAAUUAAUUGGCUUAAAAACAAUUGGCAAAAUCAAAUAAUUCGGCGCCCCCCCCCCUUCAUCUUCUUUCCAUUUGGAUCUUUAGUCAAAUUGGCUAAGACUUGGAUCUCAGAACCCAAGAAGAAAGGAAGGGGACCCAAAAUUUUGCAGGUGGCAUGUCAUUGCUUCAGUGCCCUCUCCUUAUCCCAAGCACUUUUAGUGUAAAGCUGGCUGAGAACAACAAUAGCCGCCCAAACUCUUUCUUCACUGGUCAUUCCAUCACAAAUGUCCCCCAUGUCACCAAGGGGGCUGGGUGAAAGAACCCAAGGAGAAGAACAGAACAUGAAAACUGGAAAUAGAACUUAAUUGGCACAAGCCCCCAGUCCCAAAAUCUCACUUUUCUCUACCUACCCUAAAAAGCACAUGAUUAUACUCACACCCACAGGCAUUAACACACACAUACACAUAACACAUAUGCAGACACACACACACACACACACAGGUAUGCACACCCACAUAAUUGGAUGAAAACACUGAAAUGGCUGAACAACUUCGAUUCGAACCACAUUGCCCAAAUCAAGGCCCGUCUCAAAUUCCCUGAGCAGUUUGCAUGGUUUGAGCUCUCCUCCCAAUCCAUCUAGUUUCUGCUGCUGCCUAUUGGCUCUAUGUGUGACCAGGCUGCUAGUUCUGUCUUUCUCAGUGAGGGAGGUGUUCUAGCAAGGCUCAAUUCCAUCUAAGCACCUGUCCACAUGGUGAGCCCGGUGCUCCCCAACCCCCCUCCCCCAUGAGGACCAAUGACUAGCCAGUGUAGAAUAAGUUUGGCCAGAUAAGGAGAUGGCACUGCCAAGUGAUACAUGCUGCCCAAGUAACCUGACCCCUAGUUGUGCUCCUGGGAAGAAAGAUCUGGGGGACAACCCCUACCCUGAGCACACCUAUGGGCCAUCUCUGUCAGUCUCCUGGGGAGCCCCCACAUUUUAGGGGCUCCCCAGGAGACUCACACUGAUGUGGGGAGUGU